AUGACAGUUAAAUCUCACCUAAGGAAGAAGUUUCAGUGUCUAUUUGAGGGAACAGUAGAGCACGGACACGUCAGACUUCUCAAUGAGAUCUACACUGACCUCUACAUCACAGAGGGAGAGGAGGGGGAGGUCAACAAAGAACACGAGGUCAGACAGAUAGAGACAGCAUCCAGAAGAACGCAAGCAGAAGACGAAGCCAUCAAGUGUAACGAGAUCUUUAAACCCUUACCUGGACAAGACAAACCCAUCAGAACAGUGCUGACAAAGGGAGUGGCUGGAAUUGGAAAAACAGUGUCUGUGAAGAAGUUUGCUCUUGACUGGGCUGAAGGAAAAGCCAAUCAGGAUGUCCACUUCAUAUUUCCUCUUCCUUUCAGGGAGCUGAAUUUAAUCAAGGAGGAACAUUUCAGUCUAGUACAACUCCUUCAGCAUUUGUUCACAGAACUGAAAGACAUGCCACUGUUCAAUCCCGAGGAGCACAAAGUUGUGUUCAUCUUUGAUGGCCUGGAUGAGUGCCGACUUCUUCUUGACUUUCACAACAGCAAGCCUGUUUUCAAGGUGGAUGAUCCAGCCUCAGUGGACGUGCUACUGACAAACCUUAUCAAGGGGAAUCUGCUUCCCUCUGCUCUCCUCUGGAUCACCACCCGACCAGCAGCAGCUGAUAAGAUCCCACCUAAGUGUGUAGGCCUGGUGACGGAAGUACAAGGUUUCAACGACCCCCAGAAAGAGGAGUACUUCAGGAAGAGUAUCGGUGAUGAGAACCUGGCCAGAAGAGUCGUGUCGUACCUGAAGUCAUCCAGGAGCCUCUACAUCAUGUGCCACAUUCCUGUCUUAUGCUGGAUUUUAGCCACUGUUUUAGAAACAAUGCUAACUGAAACAGAUACUGGAGAGAUCCCCAGAAGUCUUACCCAAAUGUACACACACUUCCUGAUCAUUCAGACAAGUAUAAAAAAGGUCAAGUACACAGAGCAAAAAGAGAGAGAUGAAGAGAUGAUUUUCAAACUGGGGAAACUGGCUUUCCAACAGCUGGAGAAGGGCAAUCUGAUCUUCUAUGAGGAAGACCUGAGAGAGUGUGGCAUUGAUGUCACAGAAGCAUCAGUGUACUCAGGAGUAUGUACUCAGAUCUUCAGAGAGGAGUCUGUGCUGUACCAGGGGAAGGUGUUCAGCUUUGUGCAUCUGAGCAUUCAGGAGUUUCUUGCAGCUGUAUAUGUGUUCCUGUGCUUCGGCAACAGAGAGAGAAACAUGCCUGACCAACAGCAAACCUCUCAGCUCUCUGCUCUGUUCAGAGCUGCAACACUUCAUGACCUACACAAGACUGCAGUGGAUCUGGCCUUACAGAGUAAGAACGGACACCUGGACCUUUUCCUCCGCUUCCUUCUGGGCCUCUCACUGGAGUCCACUCAAAAACUCUUAAACAGCCUUUUGAAAAAGACAGGGAGUAUCUUACUGAACACAGAAGAGGCCGUGGAGUACAUCAAGAAAAAUAUCAGAGAUGACUUAGAGUUUAAAAGGGCGCUUAACCUUUUUCACUGUCUGAACGAACUGAAUGACACGUCUAUGGUGGAGGACAUGCAGAGAUGCUUGGUUUCAGAAUAA